GCCGUACGAGUUCCCCCUCUACGUCGUGUCCCCCGCGACUUCUAUGACUCGUCCCCACUGCUACGCGGUCGCGGUAGUGAAAGAGUGUCGGUGCGGAAGAGAGAAGGUCUGUCGGUGUGCCGGUCGCGCGAGUGAGACGUGCGUAGGAGGACUAGAAUGCGCCCUAGUGAUGCGAGAGAGAGAGAGAGGGAUGAAGAUGAGAGCGAGAGCAGGUGACGAGCUUAGCGGGACGGGAGGCUACGUCUGGUGUUCCAACAGAGAAGGCUGCGAGAACGUGGAUUCAUCAGACGAAGAUGGCGAAGAGCAUAUCAAAGUUACCGUUAAUGUCAAGACACAACUGAACAGAGUUUAUAUUUAAUAAUCGCCGGCGGAAAAUUGUUUUCUCUGAGUGUGCGCAAGUAUAUAUUACAUUUUUUCUUCUCCGGGGCUUACGAGAGGAAAUGAAAUUCCUUUUUACUCGCUCUUCAGAUAUAUACAAUCGUGUUUCUCCGUGCUGCGUGGUGCGAUGGGGGAAAUGAGAAUUUACCGUGCAUUCCUCUCCGCUUCCUAAAAUCGUCGAGUGAUGCAUUUAUUUUCAAUUCAUUUCGCAUACCGCCGUAAUUCAUCAGCGGCCAGAUAUCAGGCGCUUCUCUUAUUUGCACCGCGAAGGCAUACUUAGCGGAGAAUUCGUCCGUUAAUUAAAUUGAAUCUGUUGUGGGCAGCGGAAUGGAUUUCAUGUAAACGCGCCGCGGAGGGUUUUGAGCAGA